AUGUCUAAGGAUGGACCUCGGCUGAGCAGGCUUGGAGUGCUGGCUCCAGCGGCUCUUUCUGCGUGUAUGGACGCGUCGGUCCUGGCCGUACCAGCCGCUGGCGCUAUCGUCUCGACCGUGUUGAAGGAGCUGAGCAAAGCGUUCAUGUUGAAAAAGUGGUUUCACGGCAUUAUGUCCGCGAAAGAAGCAGAAAACCUCAUUAUGGAGAAGGGAAGAAAUGGCUCUUACCUGGUUCGUGAAUCGCAGACUCAUCCCGGUGAAUACGUGCUGUCUGUAAGAGUCCGGGGUCGAGUCAGUCAUGUCAUGAUUAGGAGACAACAAAACAAAUACAAUGUAGGCAGUGGGGAGCAGUUCGACGACUUGGUUGGACUAAUCGAGCACUUCAGAUCGUAUCCCAUGAUUGAAAAUUCUGGGGACGUCCUCCGCUUGCUACAACCAGUAUCUGGUACCUGCUUGAGGGCUCAGGAUAUUGAUAGAAAAGUUAAGGAAAUGGAAGACGUAAUCAAACCAGAGAAUAAAUGCGGCUUUGACGGCGAAUUCCUGUCUUUGAAGGUCGUGGAUGAUUUAAACAGAUUUUCAAUGAACGAAGGCAUAAGGGUUGAAAAUUCAAAGAAAAAUCGAUACAGAAAUAUAUUGCCUUACGAUCAAACGCGCGUAGUUCUCCGCAAGAGGGUAGGGCGCUCAAAAACGGCCGACUACAUAAACGCUAACUUCAUUCGCCCACCAAAAUCGGGUUACUCCAGUUCAGUGCAGUCGUCAAAUGAAAGUCUUGAUAGUGUUCAUUCACUCAUUCUAAGGAGCGAGCCCAAGGACCUAGCUCCUCUGGUCACGAAAUCCUUAUCAGAGGACACGCUAAGAGAAGUCAGGCGAUGCAUCAAGUUGGAUAAAUUUAAUGGCAGCCUGUAUAGAAAUUUAGUUAAGGACAAACUAUACAUUGCGACGCAAGGCUGCCUGUCCAACACCGUCGACGAUUUCUGGCAAAUGAUAUGGCAGGAAGACGUCAGAGUUGUGGCAAUGAUAACCAAUGAGAUAGAGAGUGGAAAGAAAAAAUGUGAACGCUACUGGCCGAAUUGUGGCCUCGAAGAAACCUACGACGGCAUAACUGUUACAUCAACAUCAGAGUGCUUCUACGAAGACUACUUUGUAAGAGAAUUCGAUGUGACAGACAAAAUAACGAGCAAGACCAUCUAUCAAUAUCAAUUUACGACGUGGCCAGACCAUGGUACUCCGCCUGACCCGACCGGUAUCUUAGCGUUCAUCGAGAACAUAAAUAGAAAAAUGUGCGAAAUAUCACAAGAGGAUAAUGCCCCGGAGCAAAAUAUUCUGUGCGUUCACUGCUCUGCUGGUGUUGGUAGGACAGGCACCUUCAUUGUAAUUGAUAUGCUUAUUGAUAGUAUUAAAAUGUCAGGUUUUAAUUGUGACAUAGACGUGUACGAUGCAGUGAAAUCGCUUCGAGCACAGAGGUCUGGAAUGGUCCAAAACAAAAUACAGUACAGAUUUAUAUAUUUAACUAUUCAAAAUUACAUUGAGAACAAGAAUCUUAAGCUAAAGAAGAAGGUGUACACAUCAGAUGCAUAG